GUAACCGUGACCCGGAAGUUCUUUCAUUUUAGUUGAAGAACGACAAUUGACUGAGUAAUUUAGCGAAGGUGUCUAUCCUAGGAAGAUACAUUUAACGAAGUCUUGUAUCUCGCCCAAAUAAGACGUAUUGACUGGGUACUAAAUCAAAAGCAUAAACUGAACUAAACCGUGCUGUCGGUCUGAGAAGAAGGAUUGCUGUGAUAUAAAAUGCUGACAAGCUAAAUGCGUUAGCUGCCUACCGAACUGUUGUAGUGUCGGAAUCGUUAGCAACAACCCAAAGACAAGAGUUUAUCAUUUUGACCUGAGGAAGGCCCCAGGAAUUCCAGGGGUUCAAGCAUCCCUUUUUGCCAUCAGACUCUGAGAUGACAUCACAGCACCCUCCCCUUCCCAGUGCUGUUAUUCAUCCACAGCUAGCCCACAGCUCUUCUGCUCAACAAGCUCGGCCUCACAUUCAGGCAAAUCAGCUGGACUCGAGUCGAAGUAAUGUAGCCACUGGGUCCAUGGAUCACAGAGCUCUGUCAGGUAGGCCAGGAUGCUCUAGUGGAGCAGUGGCCAGCAGGGAUGCAGCCUGUAGGAAACUCUCUUCUUCCUGCCCCAACUCCAACUGGUCCAGAAAAGAUGGGAACUUUGAACCUUGGCCUGAGGAGGCGGUGGACAACUCCCAUGGAUUGUACUCGCUUCACCGCAUGUUUGACAUAGUUGGAGCCCAACUAACACAUCGGGAUGUCAGAGUACUGUCAUUCCUUUUUGUUGAUGUUAUUGAUGAGUACGAACGUGGUGGUAUCAGAAGUGGAAGGGAUUUCCUUCUUGCCCUGGAACGUCAGGGUCGCUGUGAUGAGACCAACUUCCGACAUGUGUUACAACUCCUUAGGAUUAUCACCCGCCAUGACCUGUUGCCUUAUGUCACUCUCAGGAAACGGCAAGCUGUGUGCCCGGACCCUGUUGAUAAAUAUCUGGAGGAGACAUCUGUACGUUACAUUUCACCCAGAGGAGCAGGACAGAGCAGGGACUCUGCAACUCAGAGAAAGACAGGUCCUCAGCCAGUUCUCUGCUGUUCUUCGUCAGGAUCUCAUGUAGGCCCUCCUCGAACUAAGCCCACUCGUCCUGUAUCGGUGCGCAAACGGAAGAGAAGUCACUCUUCAGCCGACUGCAAAGAGAAGCAAACAUGUGAUAUCCGCCUUCGUGUCCGGGCUGAAUACUGCCAACACGAGUCUGCACUUCAGGGCAACGUCUUCUCAAACAAGCAAGAGGCCGUGGAGCGUCAGUUCGAACGCUUCAACCAGGCCAACACCAUUCUCAAAUCUCGAGACUUGGGCUCCAUCAUUUGUGACAUCAAAUUUUCGGAGCUCACCUACUUGGAUGCCUUCUGGAGGGACUACAUCAACGGAUCAUUGCUAGAGGCCCUCAAAGGAGUGUUCAUCACAGAUUCCCUAAAACAAGCCGUAGGCCACGAGGCCAUAAAACUCCUGGUCAAUGUAGAUGAAGAGGACUACCAGGCCGGCAGACGCAAACUGCUUCGCAAUUUAGUCACGAGUGGAGGGAGCACAUCCGGAGGUAGUAAAGACUGUUAGAUACGCUGUCCAGGUGAUGUCACCUGUGCCUCCCACAAACUCUACAGUGACAAAUGGUUGUGUCUCUUGAGGCAUCUGAAGUGUGCGCGUGACAGGAACUCAAGAACGUUGAGCAAACCCCGCUGAUUCCUGAAGUACUCGGCUUAAAGGAUUCAUGACCUAAAGCGUAGCAUGCUAGAUUUUAGCAACAGCGUACAGGUUAACAUUAUUUUCAAUGUUAAACUGUUCUUUUUUUGUUGUAGGGGCAGAAUGUAGAUCUCUUAAGUGCAUUGAAUUUAACACCCAUGAUGUACUCCUGUAAAAAAAGCGGAGUUUCAGUAUAGGAAAUGUUCUUACACUGAUGAGUGGGGGCAGAAACCUUGUUCUUCAACUUCUUCAUCUUUUGCAGAUACUGCAGAUACAUGUUUUGUAUAUUAUAUAAAAGCACAGAACCACAGUUAACUUGCCAUUUCUCUUUCGAUUUUCAGCAUCUUUCCUUUUUUUUUUUUUACCUUUUUCAGAUGAAAUAUUUUUUAUUGCCCCUUCCAUUAAAUCCACUUUAAUUUUGUUUUUGUUUUAUUACUUAUUACAUAGUCUGUUUUACUUAAAGGUCCAGUGUGUAAAAUUUAGGAGGAUUUAAAUACAGAAAUAGAGUGUAAUACUCCUAAUGUCUUCAUUAAUGUGUAAUCAGAUAAUGAUGGAGAAUUGUGUUUUUAUUACCGUUGGAUGAGUUAUUUAUAUCUACAGAGGAAGCAGGUCCCUGGAUUUCACCAUGUUUCUACUGUUGCUCAGAAUGGACUUGUUUUUUGUUUUGAUAGUAGGUGGCAUUUAGCAGAGUCAUUAACCUCUCAACUACAAAACCCUGAAUGGACAAAAUAAACAGCGUUACCUUUUGGUUCCAGGUUUUUUUUUUUUUUCAGCCACCAAAGUUGAUUGUGGUAGUACUCAGCUGGUUCGCCGUCUAUAACUUCGCAGCUAGGUAUCACUAAAUAUCACACACUGAGCCUUUAAAAAAAACCUUACCACAGAACAAGAAGUCAUUUCCACGUGUCACAGCAGCGUAUUCAACUGUUUCAAGUUUUGUUAUGGGUAGACUAAUUCAUCUGCAGAACACGAUAUUUAUGUCAAUCAUUUGCUCCUGUAUUUUUACGUUCAUAAUUGUGCUUGACAAUGUUAAUAAAGUUUUUGCUUGGUGUUUUAGGUUGGAGCUUUUACAAAGUAAUGCUGUAAGCUGUCCAAUAAGAGACAAGGACUUGUGAAUAAUCAUUUUAAAUGCCAGUAUGCCCAAUACACAGCACAUGUUAAGAUUAUUAUGUGUAUGUUGAUUUUGUUAGACAUUGUCACCAUUAUAAAAGAAUGAUUUUAAGAUUGGAACACGGCAGUUUGGAAAUGACCACGGGUUAUACUUAGGGUGAAAGUGGGUCACUACAUCCCCCUACUCCUGUUGUCUGUCAAUGGAAGGAGAAAAAUGAGUUCAUGAGAACAUGCCAGUAGUCUUUGGUAACUCCGUUCGAUAUUUUGUGAAACAUUUCAGAGCAAAUUUUUGGUAACAGUUUGGAAAAAGAUGUUGAACAUAAGGAGUGUGACAACAUUAAAAAAGUUAGAAGUGACAGUUGAUGCUUAUUUAACUUUCUAAACAUGGUCUUAAUGGAAUGGUAAGCUUUUUUGACAGGUGAAAAACACUACAAAUUGGGGUCUGUUUGGUUUCAUGGUUUGUAUUUCUUGUGGAAUUUGAUUAACAUGCACUGCAGAUAUAACAUGAAAUGCAUACGUCGAUAAAAAGGUACAUAAAAUGG